AUGUCUUUAUACGCAGCAUGCGGGCCGGUACACAGGACUCUCGUUGCUCUCUGGCUGCCAGGUCUAGCCGAUGCCAUAUCGGUCGUCAUUGGCUUUUUUUUUUUUUAUCGCGCCUCUUUUUUUUCGCUUUCACGGCUAAUACACAUUAUCGACUGGCAACAGCAUGGCGCCCGUUUAGACGGGUGGCCGCAAGGGAAAUGGGAGGGAAGAAUGCAUGGACGACUCGAAACGACGGAUACCCCUCUUGUGUUUACUCGAUUACCCCCUUCUCCUUGUUGUUUUUGA